CUCCUCUGGGGGUAACUGCACUUGCUGAGAUGACUUGGACUUCUUGACUUUGUUCUGAUUAGACAUGAACCCAUGCCCUCCUUGGACUUGAAUCUGCCUGGUUCUGGAAGCCCAUGCCAUGUUAAGUUCUAACCCACCACUCCACAGCAUAGACACAGUAAUAGGAGACGUCCCCGGCUGGGCUGGCUAGGGAAUCCGGUGACCCUGAAGGGCUGGUGGCCUUAUCUCCUCCCACUGCUGCAGCGCCCCGCCCGCGUCCCCCUCCUCCUCCUACUUCCCUCUGGCCUGGAAGCCUUGCUCCCGCCCCUCGCCACCGCUGAGCCCUAGCUUGGGGCUCUUUGUUUCAGCUCCGCCCAGUUGCCCCCACCCGCCGGGGAAGGUUCCUCUGUCUUAUCCUCCUCCUGGGCCUAAGCUGGCAGAGAUGGACCACCGGAAAGCCAGGGUCCUCUCCGCUGGCCACUGCUGCCCCUCCCUACAAGAGUGGGCCUCGCAGGCAGGCAGUGUGGGGCUCUCUGUGCCAGCCGGCAUCAGCCGGAGCGCAGCCAUGGUGAAUGAGGCGGGCAGGAGUGGGGGCGCCCACCCCCGCUCUGAGGGCAGCAGCAGUGGCAGCGAGAGCUCCAAAAGCAGUUCACGAUGUUCCACGCCGGGCCUGGACCCCGAGCGCUACGAGAAGCUCCGGGACAAGAUGAAGCGGAGGAUGGAGUCUGGUGACAAGUGGUUCUCCCUGGAGUUCUUCCCUCCCCGAACUGCCCAGGGAGCUGUCAACCUGAUCUCAAGGUUUGACCGGAUGGCCACAGGUGGCCCCCUCUUCAUCGAUGUGACCUGGCACCCUGCAGGCGACCCCGGCUCAGACAAGGAGACCUCCUCCAUGAUGAUCGCCAGCACGGCUGCCAACUACUGCGGCCUGGAGACCAUCCUGCACAUGACCUGCUGCCGGCAGAGCCCGGAGGAGAUCACCAGCCACCUGCACAAAGCCAAGCAGCUGGGCCUGAAGAACAUCAUGGCGCUGAGGGGAGACCCCAUAGGUGACCAGUGGGAGGCGGAGGAAGGAGGUUUCAACUGUGCUGCAGACCUGGUGAGGCACAUCCGAAGCGAGUUUGGGGACUACUUUGACAUCUGCGUGGCAGGCUAUCCCAAAGGCCACCCCGAGGCAGCGAGCUUUGAGGACGACCUGAAGCACCUGAAGGAGAAGGUGUCUGCGGGCGCCGACUUCAUCAUCACGCAGCUCUUCUUCGAGGCUGACACCUUCCUCCACUUCGUCAAGGCCUGCGCAGACAUGGGCAUCACCUGCCCCGUUCUCCCCGGGAUCUUUCCCAUCCAGGGAUACUCCUCCCUUCGACAGCUUGUGAAGCUGUCCAAGCUGCAAGUGCCACAGAAGAUCAAGGACGUGAUCGAGCCCAUCAAGGACAACGACGCUGCCAUCCGCAACUACGGCAUUGAGCUAGCAGUGAGCCUGUGCCAGGAGCUUCUGGCCAGUGGCCUGGUGCCGGGCCUCCACUUCUACACCCUCAACCGUGAGAUGGCCACCACAGAGGUGCUGAGGCGCCUGGGCAUGUGGAUCGAGGACCCCAGGCGCCCCCUGCCCUGGGCCGUCAGUGCCCACCCUAAGCGCCGGGAGGAGGAUGUGCGCCCCAUCUUCUGGGCCUCCAGACCCAAGAGCUACAUCUACCGCACCCAGGACUGGGACGAGUUUCCCAAUGGCCGCUGGGGCAACUCCUCCUCGCCAGCCUUCGGGGAGCUGAAGGACUACUACCUCUUCUACCUGAAAAGCAAGUCGCCCGCCGAGGAGCUGCUGAAGAUGUGGGGCCAGGAGCUCACCAGCGAGGAGAGCGUCUUCCAGGUCUUCGCACACUACCUGUCAGGAGAGCCCAACCAGCAGGGCUACAGGGUGACAUGUCUGCCCUGGAAUGACGAGCCCCUGGCUGCUGAGACUGGCCUGAUGAAGGAGGAGCUGCUGCGCGUGAACCAGCAUGGCGUCCUCACCAUCAACUCCCAGCCCAAUGUCAAUGGAAAGCCAUCCUCUGACCCCAUCGUGGGCUGGGGCCCCAGCGGCGGCUACGUCUUCCAGAAGGCCUACCUAGAGUUCUUCACUUCCCCCGAGACUGUGGAGGCGCUUCUGCAGGUGCUGAAGAAGUAUGAGCUCCGGGUCAAUUACCACAUCGUGGAUGUGAAGGGUGAGAACAUAACCAAUGCCCCUGAACUGCAACCCAAUGCCGUCACGUGGGGCAUCUUCCCUGGCCGGGAGAUCAUCCAGCCCACCGUGGUGGACCCCGUGAGCUUCAUGUUCUGGAAGGAUGAGGCCUUUGCCUUGUGGAUUGAGCAGUGGGGCAAGUUGUAUGACGAGGAGUCCCCGUCCCGUGCCAUCAUCCAGUACAUCCAUGACAACUACUUCCUGGUCAACCUGGUGGACAAUGAGUUCCCACUGGACAACUGCCUGUGGCAGGUGGUGGAAGACACAUUCGAGCUGCUCACCAGGCCCCCCGAGCGCAGCCGGGAGGUGGAGGCCCCCUGAGCCCAGGGCCUGGCAUCCUUCGCUGGGCCCACUUACGUCCCCAUGACCUUCAGAACUGCUCCUCUUGGGAGGCCCCAGCCUCCACUACUCACGGACUUAUGGCAGCGAGGCCUGCAGGAGGCAGCUAGGCUCUGGCUGGAACAGAGUCAGCACCACGUGGGGCCUGGCACACUCGCUGGGAGUGCAUGCUCCGGGUAGGGGGCACUGCGGGGGUCAGCACACCCCCCUUCCUGAGAGGUGGGGGGGUGGGUGCUUGCCUCACACCAGGGCGGCCUCUGGAACUAACAGAGCACCCAGUGGACUUGCACGCGGAGCCUGCGUGGGACGGGCUGUGAACUCAAGUGAACUCAGCAGGCACUCGCGGCGCCAACGAGGACAUGGCAGAGUGAAGGUACCGCCUCGUCCACUUUGUAGAUGCCACUGCGAUGGAAGGGGCAUGCUGCUACCCGCCUCCAUGCUUGGCUGGCCAGGCGCCGUGCCCGGGGACAGGCCCAAUAACACACACGUUUCUUGCCACCUCCAACCUCAACUGGGUUCUCCCCCGGCCCCAGGCCUGCGCCUUUACGUGGCUGUCUCCGCCCGGAUGGCCGGAAGGAAAAGCACCCCCGUGGCUAAAGGCACUCCUAGCCCUUGUGCGCGGUGGGCUCUCCUUCCUUCUGCCCACUGACGGUCAGAGGCCAAGUCAGGGCCCACCCGAGCAGGGGCCCACGUCUGCCGAUGGCUGGGCACAGCCGUGCCCUGGCUGGCGUUCCUCGUGCCAGCCACGGCCCUCUGCUCAGCCUGGCACCCCUCCCAGGAGUCAGCCCACAGCUCUGGCCCGGGGCAGGGGCCAGCAGGUGCAGCUGGCUGCGCUUUCCUGGCUCCUGGCCUGCGGGGCGGGGCUGGCCGGGCAGGAAGGAAGCGUGCACCUGGAUGUAGGUGUGGGAAGAAUAGCCGAGGGCGGCCUUCAGACGAGACCCCAGACGCAACCAGGGCGGAGCAGG